ACCGAUGACUAUCCGUCAGCCACACAAGACCACUAUCAAUGGCCGCGCAGCGAAUCUCGUCCUCGUCGUUGCCGUGCAUUCUGUAGGCCGCGUGUGAUGCGAGAGCGCUGCGAUUGACGCGGAACGCGAGCGCCUAGCCGCCCGCCACCAGCGCGUGUUUCGCUCGCCGCCUGCCGCGAGUUAGCGAAGUGUUUUCGCAUUCGCGACGUUCGCGUGCAUAGCAGCUCCCCUUGUUCGGUCGCGCGCCGGGGCUAUUCGUUUUGUGUUGGUCGUGUUGUCUCGUCUAGGUCGCGGCGAUAAAAUGGCGCACUGUUAGCCGCCGCCGCCGCCGCCGCCACCAGCAGCACGUCGCAGCCGUCGUCGCAGAGUCCCUGCCCCCCCAGCCGAAGCCAGCGCUGCUCAUGGAGGACGCGCUCAAUCACCAGAACGGCGCCCAGUUGGGCGGCCCACCGACGGGCAAUAACAAGCAGAUGGAAGACAGCCCGAACCCGCAGUACUCCAUACCGGGCAUCCUGCACUUCAUCCAGCAUGAGUGGGCGCGCUUCGAGCUGGAGCGUUCACAAUGGGAGGUCGACAAGGCCGAGUUACAGGCAAGAAUUGCAUUCCUGCAAGGAGAAAGAAAAGGGCAGGAAAACCUCAAAAACGAUCUGGUACGCCGCAUCAAGAUGCUCGAGUAUGCGCUUAAACAAGAGCGCGCCAAAUUCCACAAGCUGAAGUACGGCGUCGACCUGCAGCAGGGCGACAUGAAGCCGCCGGUAGACGAUCCCAGCCUCAAUGUGGAUUCCCAGCUGGAUAGCGAGACGCCGUACACGUCCGUAUCAAACGCCACCUGGAGACAGGGCAGACAAUUACUGCGACAAUACCUGCAGGAGAUCGGCUACACCGAUCGAAUUAUCGAUGUACGGUCAACGCGGGUGCGCGCUCUUCUCGGGCUCAACAACAAUGGCGAACAGGAAGAGAAUCACAACGGCGGGUCGGUCAAUGGCAACGAGACGAAUAAACGAGCGAGCGAAACACAAGCAGGAAGAACACCAGUGAAGAAAACGCAAGGCAGCUCACUCACCGAAGCGAUGAUGAUUGAUACCGAGGCGGCUGUGAUGGUGAACUUGGACUUCCUCACUGGUGCCGACGUUGACACGGAGGACGAAGAUGACAUGAGCGAUGAGUCCGUGUGUAUGUAUUCGGAAGAAAUGGACGUGAAGCGCAAGGCUGGCGAUGACGUCGAUGCUGAAGCGAUGGAGGUUCUCAACGAGCUCAAUCUUCUCUCGGAGUCGGAAGAUCGCGUCGAGAUUAAAACCGACGCGCCGACCGAGUGGAACAAGAACUUCCAGCAGCCGGGGCAGCAGCGGCCACGCAUUGGUCUCGGAGAUGAUGAGAACAUUGAUUCCAGCCUGGGACUGGGUGAGCUCGCACAGCUUACCGUCAAUAACGAAGCGGAGAGCUCCUACGACAUGGCGUCCAGCAAGGAGUCCUUCCGCAAGACGUGGAACGCCAAGUACACGCUGCGCAGUCACUUCGAUGGCGUGCGCGCGCUUGCAUUCCACCCGACCGAGUCGGUGCUGAUUACGGCGAGUGAGGAUCACACCCUCAAGUUGUGGAACUUGCAGAAAACCGUGCCGGCAAAGAAAUCCGCUUCACUGGACGUCGAACCAUUGUAUACGUUCAGGUGUCAUCAGGGGCCCGUGCUGUGUCUGGCGAUGUCUGGCACCGGAGAGCAUUGCUACUCAGGUGGACUGGAUGGUAACAUUCACUGCUGGAACACGCCCAAUUCGAACAUUGAUCCAUACGACUUGUACGAGCCUGACGUUCUCAACGCAACGCUGCAAGGGCACACCGAGGCGGUGUGGUGCUUGGCGGUGCUGCACUCGAGACAGCAGAUUUUGUCUUGUUCGGCGGAUAGUACAAUUAAAUUGUGGGCGCCUCAUGCUAAGACACAUCUGUUGAAUACGUUCUCAUCGGAGCAAGAUGGCAUUCCGAAUAGUGUAGACUUCUGUCGCGACGAGCCGAAUAAAAUUGUUGGCGCGUUUGCAAGUUCUCAUUGCGUCGUUUUUGACACAGAAACGGGGAAACCGAUCGUACGCUUGGAGGGCGAGACGAAUGCUGCAUCAAGCCGGCAAAUAAAUCGAGUGGUCUGUCAUCCGACACUGCCGCUGACGGUGACCGCGCAUGAAGACCGCCAUAUCCGCUUUUGGGACAACAACACCGGCCAAAUGGUGCAUUCGAUGGUGGCGCAUCUGGACGCCGUGACUAGUCUGGCGGUUGACCCGAAUGGGCUGUAUUUGCUCUCAGGUUCGCACGACUGCUCGAUACGUUUAUGGCACUUGGACAAUAAGACGUGCGUGCAGGAGAUCACCGCCCAUCGCAAGAAGUUCGACGAGAGCAUCCUGGACGUGGCCUUCCAUCCGUCCAGACCUUACAUCGCCAGUGCCGGCGCUGACGGCUUAGCUAAGGUCUUCGUUUAAGAGGCGCGAUCGCGGCGAACUUUGACACACCCAACCCACACAGAAACACCCCAACACACACUGCUGCUACUGUAUAUAUUUACGAAACUGUCGUUCCGAAUUAUUGUUUGCUUUAGUUCCAUUACGAAUUGAUUGAUGACGAACGACGAACUGUAUGCGGGCGCAUUCAUUUGUACAUAACGCGAAUCUAUCUACAAGUUGAGGACAUUGAUACUAAUGACAGAGACAUUUACUCGUAAGCUUUUUCAAAAUACUCUAGAAUUGUACUGGUUAAGUGAUGUUUUCUACAGGCAGUGCGGCACGACGACGAUUUUAUUUUGUUUCGAAUCUCAACACACUCACACACACACAUAUACUAUUCACGGCGCAUCAUUAAGUUUAAGGCACAAUUAUCAAUUGUAUAUGAAUACUGAAUUUAACCUGUGUAUUUAUUUUCUCGGCUUAUUUUAGGCAUGCAUUUUUUUAUAUAGAAGUAAUUUGCGCGUACACGCUCAUACUAACAUACACUCUCUCACACACAUACACACACUAUCGAUGUAGAUCAAGAUGAACAGGCGUAGUUAUUAAGCGUGUACAUAUUUCGUAAAAUACGGCGGAUUAUAAAAGUAAUUUUAACGAUAACAAAUUAACGUAAACCUAUAAGCGAACCGUAGCGCGUAGAGUGGUAAGCAGAUGCGUUAAGUUUAGUUGAUUAACGUUGUAACAAUUAAUUACAAGACAAACAGCAGGUUUAUUGGACCGACUAAACGCGAACCUUAGCAACCACAACCAAUUAGGGAUAAUGAAUAUACUGAGGUUUUAUGCUUAAGUUUCACACACACACACACACACAUCAUACACAAACACGAUAUUUAUCUUGUAUUCGAUUCUUAUUACAUUCUCUUAUCAUUGUUAUCAUCGCUAAUUUAAAAAGGGAAACACUAAUAUAAGAAAGUAAGCAAAUAACUAUGUAAAACAUAAACUAAGGUUUAAAAUGUACUUGUGACCGCGAAUACACACACACACACACACAUACACACAGCCAGAAACACACAUUCAUAUACGCGCGUGUACGAGAAUAUUAGUUAAUUUAUAUUUACGAACGAAGAUUGAAAUGAGUACGAUUGUGGUGCACUAGGCGUACGAACAGUUGCUGAUUUGUGUCGGACGCCAUGUGAGGGCAUGUGUAAACUAAAACGCAUUUAAAAGGUCUCGUUUUCCACCAAGCUCUCUUUUUACCCCUGAUAUUUAUUUAUACAAGUGACCACGUGCGGGAGAAGUACCGUCAUUGCAAGCAAGUUUUCAUUAAUUAGAUCGUGUAAACUGUAACAAUAUAGUGAUAUAUAUAUAUUAUAUAUACACCCCCUCUCCCUAUACAUAUAUAAAUAUUUAUUAAUAUUCAAUCUGUGUGUAAAAAAAUGUAUUAUUUCAAAUAAUGUAUAAUUAAAACAUGAUAAAGAUCGGUCGUGUAUACUGCUGGUGGCUAGUUAGCGCCGAUGGGUUGUAGUUUCUGUGGCUUAGUUCAAUGGAACGGUUUCUGAGAGUGUCAGUAAAGCAUUCGGAAACUACAGGUAAGCAUGUACCAGAUAUGUACAGUAUAAACUCGUUAGAAUUAAACUUAAACCCUAUAAUGGUUUAGCAACCACUUUUUUAUAUUUUUGUUUCUUACGGCAUUUUUGUAAUUCAAGCUGCAGGCAGGAAGUGCUCUAAAACGAUUAUUAAAAGUUGGUAUUUUUAUAAAACAAAUUAAAAACUUUGUGGAUAACUCUUGUUAUCUUGUUGACGAAUUCAAUUGUUUUUAGAUUUUUACCGCCAUACAAUAGUUCAAACAAUUUUUGCACUCACAGCAAGUAAAAAUUGACCAGUUUGUUCAGUUAUUAGUUAUUAUCAGUUAGAUUAUGUCGGAUUAAGCCACUAUAUAAGCGCAAUAUUUAAGCAUAACGUAUAAAUUAAUUUCAAAGUACGUUAAAUUAUUUUGAAUCAAGUAUCCGCUCACUUAAUAGUGUAUUGCAAUGAACGAAGAAGAAAUUGUAAAAAGUGGUCAGGAGGAAAUGGUUCGAUUGGCUGAAGAGAUCCAGCAACAAUCCGAAAUAAAAAUGAGGCAAAAAGAAGAAGAACUAGAGCAAGAACGAGUAACGAUGUUGAUGAAAUGGUCUUCCAAGGAGUUGGCUGAAAAGGAAAAGAUUCGUGACGCUCAAGAAAAAGAUAUCGAGAGAAUGGUAAAACGAGUGAGCAAGGACGUCGACAAGAAGCUGGAGGUCAUCCGAAAGAAACACAGGCAGUUGGAGAGAAUUGAAAAGAGCGCACUUGCGCGUGAUGGCAAAGCCCAGAUCCGACAGAAACAACUUGAGAUUGCGCGCAAGAUUCGGCAACAUAAGCAAAAGGAUGUUCUGAUGGCUGUAGAACGCGCAUUAAAGAGCAAUAACAGUCAAGAGCCUAAUGAUGAGGACUAUGUCACCCCGGCGACUCGAGCCCUGUUAAUUCCAAAAAUCGAGAUGAACGCUGACGAUUCAGAUGAAGAACCAAGUGGUUCUUCACCACGUGACCACUAGAUUCUGAAAAUAACAAAUACCUAUUUGUAUUUAGGGAUCAUCUGGGUGGGGUUGAGACAUUUUUGCAUACCUAAUUGUGUAAUAAAACGAUGAUAACGA